CUCGGCUUCGUCCCAUCCUCAUACCCCAUCCACGAUUCCCACGACAUUCGCUGCAGGCGCUCACGCCGGCGCUUGCAGCACCACUGCCACUGGACGCCCGCCUCCCACCGUUCUAUAAGCGUCCGAGGUAGCCGCCUCGAGCUGCCGAGUGGUGGCGCCCUCAAUCACGCCAUCUAGCGUGCACUGAAUACGCCGACUCAACGACAACUGGCUCGGCCUGCCAGCGAUGAGGAGGCUGAAUUGAUGCUGCUGUCAACGGAACCCUCGCGCUGCAUAUGCGUAUUCGCCAAGGACCCCUGUGACGAUGGCCGCAAUCAUGCACACUCACACCGUUCAUGGAACGUCGCGACUGCUCAGCGGCCGUGAUUCCUCCCGUGUCACGACCGCUGCUUCAUUACGAGAAAGACUGUUCCCCUGUGGCAAUCGCUCGGUGAGAAGGAAAUGAACCCAUUGAUUCAGCGAACAAGCCUCUAGCAGGUGCUUUGAAGAAGCCUAGUAGCUGUUCUGGCCGAAAGCCCUUUGGGCGCUUUUCACCAGCACGGAACAUAACGCCGCCCAUUGACGAACCAGACGUGAAAAGAGAAAACACACAACGGCAAACCGGGUGAUCAAGACAGCCCUGCCCUUUCACAGCGAUAUGCAGAAAGCAGUUCUGUCCCACCAGCUAAGCUGACGAAAUGCCUGCCGCACUGCUCCUGUAUAAGAACCCGAUGGUCAUUGACGAGGGAUGAAUGCCUCAUUCUGACAUGUUUCCCCUGUUUGCACACCAACCCCCAAACCACUAACAAUUCUCUUACGCCACGUCUCGACGCCGACUUCACGUAACCUGAUACAGAGCGCCAAGGGUCAGCAGACACUAAUGAACUCGUCUUUGCCGCAAGAUAUGAUUUCCAGACUUCCGCCCGAAAUCAUCGGUCUCAUUAUCGUGGAGCUCACUCCAAAACCUCUUUCGAGUCACAAAGACAGCAUCCACGAACCCCCGGAUGAAAACUCUUCGGAUGAUGACUUGGCAGAGACAGAGCUAGAAUUUAGUAUGAGAACUGGGCAAGCCUUGGUCAACCCGCUGCGCCGCGAAGAGGUGCAGAGACUGCAUCGUCGGACAUUGCUCACGCUCGCACAGGUCCGACCCUUCAGACGCGAGGCAGAGAGAGCGCUCUGGAUGGCGCAUGCCCCAGUAGCUCUCCUCCACGCGGUAUGUACCGACAACGAAAGCCUGGCUGAGUAUUGUUUCAACACCGUGCCCCGGGCCCGCCUGAAGCUGAAUUGCAGAUUCCGCCACGGUUAUGAACUGAAGAGGGGGACAAUCCUGCAUGUCGCCGUCAUGGUUGGCAGCUCAAAUCUCGUGCGCCUCCUACUCAGUCACGGUGCUGAUAUCGAGGCGAGGGGUCAUUUCGUGCCUGGCCACCCCCCUCUGGGACAAUUCUUUGAGAUCUCCUUGAGAACCAAGAUUACGCCCCUGGGCUUGUCCCUCGUGCUCGGAAACACGAAAGUCUCUAAUCUGCUUCUCGACUGCGGUGCCAGCCACCAGGUCGGCUUUCCGGUGCCGAUACCGGGGAUGCCAGAAACGGCCGUGGGAUUCCGAGCCUUGCACGCUGCAUCGAUGGCGCCUGACCGAGGGACGCUCGCAAGGCUGCUCCAGACGCCAUCCCUCGAACUCGAUGACUUUUCACAAGACAGCAUGACUCCUCUCCAUUGGACGAUGUUCCAAGCCGUUAGACUUGAUCAUUUACGGAUGCUGCUCCAAGCGGGCGCGAACCCCGUCAUGGACCCCCUCGCCACCGAGCCCGUACUCCAUUUCCUCGCCCAUGUUUGCGCCACAAAGGAUGAGCUCGUCGCUAUUGUUCAGCUUCUGGUAGAACAUGGCGUCGACAUCAACGGCCGAGAUGAAGACGACCACACGGCAUUGGUCCAUGCAAUCCGCGAACUGAACGUCCCAUGUGUCCAGGCCUUGGUAGAGAGCGGCGCCGAGGUGAACCAUGACGGUGCCGCCGAAAACAGCCCAAUGGCUUGGUGUCUGUCCAUGCACAGGGCUCACAAUAGCGGCAUGUUUUAUACCGAGACCGUUACCAUUAAAACCCUGACUAUUAUCAAGCUACUCCUCGAACAUGGCAUUGACUACGACCCCAAGAUGCUUUUCGCCUGCAUACUGUUCGCCAACAUAGGCGAGGAUGCCAAAGAUCUACUCAUGUCGCUAGCAAGUCAGUUUGUCCUGUCUACAGCUGAGCUGGCCUAUGUGUUCGUUUACGUCGGUUGCCAGCCCUCCUUCUGGCCCAACAAGGCACUUGACUUUCUGUUGGACAACUUCAUACCCACGGAAGGCAAGGCUCUCGACGACUGUGACCUUUUCCGCCGCCUUCUGGGAACGCCAGCGGUCGCAAACCCCAAUUUUCACCGCCUCAUGGGCCCGGGCCUCGACGUGAACUCACCGUUACAAGGUCCCGACCGAGAUCUUGAGCUUUCUCUGCCACCCAUCCUCGCGGUUACAGGCAGUGAGCAUUACGUCCACGAAACAUCCCGCCAUACGUUGGAAGCGCUGAUUCAUAGGGGCGCCAACAUUCAGGCCACGGACGAGCACGGGAAGAACUGUCUGCUGGCGUACAUUACUUCACACUUCCGGACCAGAAACGUUCUCUCCGAAAGGGACCCUCCUGACAAUACGAUUUCGUUCUGGGCCUUCGUCCGCAUGCUAGCAAAGCAUGGCUUCGACUUCACGAGCGCCGACAAUGAGGGCUAUACGGCGCUGCACCUGAUUGCGAUUUCAUGCGACGCCGACCUGCAUGCGUCCUCGGCGGAGCUUCUCAUACAGCUUGGUGCCAAUGCGGCCCAGCGUAAUAACACGGGCCUGACACCGAUAGAAAUGUACAUGGCGGCCUUAGUCGCGUACGGCCAUUACAUCGAUGGCUCGUACGGCCGCGCACUGGCCAAAGCGCUACCUGAGGAAGAGCGCGCACAAGUGACCACGAUGCUCGCUAAUUUUCACGCGCUGGCGGCCGCGCACAGGACGCCCUUCGUAGGGGUAGAGGUGGAACUCGAAGUGUAGUCAACCUUGACCAUCAAAUGGAGGAGCAGAGUCGCUGUAGCCUCGAAGGGCGUUGGCGGCCAUCUUACGAUAAACUGAAAUGAGUUAUGAUCCUCCGACUAGAAGAGAGAGCACAAUUUAGCAUGCAAAUGCGCAUUUUGCUCGUGGCCAUGUCCACUCGAUGGCUGCGCGCCUGUGCCGUGAGUCGCGAC